GAUGGCUGAAGAUCCUGGAGGAACACUUUUCAAUUUUUCUCCCACAUUUUUCUCUUUCUCUUUACUUCUGCUUGUCUUAGAGACAUGGCAGGACACACAGCCUUGAUAAGUGGACACAGAUCCUUGUUACAGUCAUGCCCAAGAAAGGGAACCGAAAACGGCUGAAAUUUCGGCCCGGGGACGUCUGCUCGGAGUCAGUGACUGUAGCUGAUUUCGCCAAUGCCGACCCAGCGGUUGUGAAGUCAGGGAGGGUGAAGAAGGCUGUGGCCAAUGCAGUUGAAAAAGAAGUGAAGCUGUUGUGUGGACUGGAGGCGUGGCAGGGUUCCCUGCUGGAGGUGUGCUCGCCAGCAGCCAGCAUCAAUGGAGACUCCCAGAGUCUAGACGACCUGGAAUCUCUAGGGAAUGGAGGGAACGAGGCCAAAGAGACACGCAAGAAGAAAAACAAGAGAAGGAAAGAGUCUAGUGAAUGCAGUGAUGGGGAGGACUACCCAGUGGAUGUCUGGUUGGUGCUGGCUUCCUAUAUCCGUCCAGAGGACGUGUGUACGUUUGCUCUGAUAUGCAGAAAUGCCUGGACUGUCACCUGCACUGCUGCCUUCUGGACCAGACUAUACAGGAGGCACUACAGACUGGACGCUCAGCUGCCGUUCCGUCUUCAGCCAGACACCAUUGCCAGGAAGCGUUGUCUACGCGCUCGUGUGAUUCGCUCCCUCUUCCAUCUUUAUGAGCCAUUUAGCUCACGGGUCUCCCGAAGUCCCGCCCUCCCUGACUCCACGCCCACUAUGCUGCUCAACUCCAAGUGUCUGCUGUUCUGGGUCAAUAAGGUUGUGGGCACGCGGCCGGAGCCUCUCUGGGAGUUCAACUUCAAGUUUGUGAAGCCGGCGCUGGGCGGGAGGGGUUCUGGCUCCCCCCGGGCCCUGCUGCUGCCUCGUCAGUAUGAGGAGGUCCACGCCAACCCGGACUCUGACUGUUACCUGCUACAGGUCACCACGCUCAACUUCAUCUUCACCUCUGUGGUCAUGGGGAUGACCCUCACCCAGUUCAACAUCAACGUGAGCACGGACAUGCGUCACCACAGAGUGCGCCUGGGCUUCCAGGACUCUCCGCCGCGGCGCGGGGGGCGGAGGGUGGAGCAGGCAGGGACACAGGUGGUGCUGGACCCUGUACACAGCGUGAGGCUCAUGGACUGGUGGCAUCCGCAGUACCCUUCCUCCCCCUACACCUGACCCCGCCUCCCCCUACGCCUGACCCCGCCUCCCCCUACGCCUGAC